UGUCACCAGGCACUGUUUGGUGCAGCAGUCAUCUCGGAAGGAUAGUCUGCCAGAAUGGGUCGAGAAAGACAGAAAAAGAAGAACCGCUCGUCGUUAUCCAAGGUCAAGCCAAAAUCCAACAGGACAAAGGCUGGAAAGAAAAAGGUCAACUUCCUGGGAAAUGCCACAAUAGCAAAAAAUUGGGAUCGUAAGCUUACUGUUUCACAAAACUACAAGCGCCUAGGUCUCACAUCGAGAUUGAACGCUGCAACCGGUGGCACUGAGAAGAAAAAGGCCGGUGAUGGCGACAACCUUGAAAGCAACAGGCAGGACUCGCUUGCCAUUGCCGGACCACGAGCUGCCCGCAAAUCGACGACUCAGGAGGUUCAAGUCGAAAGAGACCCUGAAACAGGACGCAUUAUCCGAGUUAUUCGGCCAGAAACCAACGAAAACGACAACCCUUUGAAUGAUCCCUUAAAUGAUAUCAUGGACAUUGACGACAAGCAGACAGAAAGCCCGCAGACCGAUGUUGUUGCUCAAUUAGAAGCUGAAGUGGCAGAAGAGGAAGAGUCUCUAGCCAAGAAGAAACAACCGCGGAAGCAGAGUCAGCGCGAAGAGGAAUGGAUUGCCAGACUGGUUGAGAAACAUGGCGACGACAUCAAAGCUAUGGUAAGAGACCGGAAGUUCAAUUCCAUGCAACAAACAGAGGGAGACAUUUCCAGAAGGGUCAAGAAGUGGAAAGCGAAACAAGAAGCUGCGACAUGAAAGAAUGAAUAUCAGAUGACCAACUGAACCCUACAACCACACAGCCUCCGAGCGUUGUGGCCACCUGGGCUGUCCUUGGGAUUACACAGAUGGCAGAUCCGCUCGAGGCUCUCGGUAGCUGAAAAGUUUGACUGAGUACUGCAUUCCGAGCCGUUGGACAAUGCCUUUCUGCUAAGGCCAUUUCGAACAUGCAGCGUCAGAAGCAAUACUGCCAUGCCCAGACUCUUGUCAGGUCAAUCCAUCUACGUUGGCCAUCCGUCAGACGUGCACAGUUGAGCUUUCACGACUUCGACAACAGUGGCAAAGCCAGCAGCAUUCUGUCGGACCUGAGUGAUGAUCUUGAACACAUGGCGACGUCUGAAGGAGCUCCGAAACUUCUUCCUGCCUGGGUAUUGUGAGCACUAUGCCUCUCAAGCAACAAUGGUCAAGGUGCUGCUGCCCACUGUUCAGGGACUGCAUACGCCUGAUAGCACCCGGAUGGCCGUGUAGAGCCAAUCAUCUGGUUCUCUGGGUGGAAGCUGGGAGGAGCCUGUUGUGAACUGGUGGGGUCCGUGAUAGGUUUCUGUGGCUGCGCCCCAUAACCCCAAGAAUUAGCUUCUGUCGUCAAUAACCAAGCGUCUUUCUUUGAACCUCCUCG